AUGUUAGCUCUCAUAUUUAUUAUCUUUCUAAUUUUUGAUGAUUGUUCUGGACAACCUUCGGGAAAUGUUUUUAAUCUUGGGUUUUUGCAUUGUGAUGUAAGUUUUGAAAAAAGCAGUACAGUAAUCCCAAAAAUUACAGAAAGAUGAAGGUGUAACUGCUUAUAUCAAUUGGCAUGCGGCUGAAAGUGCAGCUGGAAUUGCAAUAGAUCGAAUAAAACGAGAAAAUCUUCUUCCCGGAUAUGAUUUCAAGUUUGUUAAAAUAAAAUAACAAUAUUUAUUUAUUUUCUCAUUUUCAAAAUUUUUUAAGACAAACAAUUCUUUACGAUGAAUGUGAUGAAAUAAAAAGCGCUGGAAAAACAAUUGAUCUUAUUCGAAGAAACAAUGUGGAUGUUAUUUUUGGUCCCACAACAAAUACUCGUUAGUAUUUCUCCCGCUAAAAUAAUUUUAUAGAAAAUUAUUACAGCAUCAAUACCGGCAUUUACUCUCUCAACUUAUUAUAACCUUCCAAUUGUGACAUGGGGCUUGUCUUCUUCAGCAUCAUUGAGUGACAAGGAUAGAUUUCCAACAGCUGGGGUAAUGAGUGUAGGAUCCAGAAGGUAAAUGAGGUUUAUUUGAAAUAAAAAAGGAAAAAAAUGGGCCGAACCGGGGAUUGAACCCGGGACCUCUCGCACCCAAAGCGAGAAUCAUACCACUAGACCAUUCGGCCAUAUAUUUCAAUGCUAUCAAAUUGUUUACACAUUAUCUCUUAUUUUUUUCUCUUUUGCAGUCUGGGAACAGCAUUUCGUAUUAUGAUGGAAGAGUAUGGAUGGAAACAAUUUGUGUACGUUUAUUCUUUGUUAGGUGAUCAAUGUUCAACACUUCGUGAUGAUUUGCAAAAUUUGACUUCAACUUUCACAGACAUGAUUAUGGCAUAUUCUGUCCAGAUUUUAGAUUUAACAGAAGCUGGAAUGUUGAGUGUAAUGGAUGAUAUUUCAUCAAAAGGAAGAAGUUGGUUACUGUAGAAGAUUCUGAAAAAAUGUUAUAAGUAUUAUUUCAGUAAUUGUGUUGUGCUUCAGUGAAGGAAAUUCGAAAGGGAUUCAUCGUCAAUGGUUUAUGACUGCUUAUAAAAAUGGAUACGCUUCUGAUGAAUACGUUUAUAUUAUUCCAGCUUUACGUUCCAGAGGAUUCGGUUUGUUUUAUUUUGUUCGAAAUAUUAUAAUUUUAUCAUCAUCAGAGUUUCAGAAGUUCAAAAUGGUACAAGUUCGUAUCGACCUCCUUGGAUUCUAUCAACUGGUCCAUCUUCCGAUGAUUCAUUGUCUAUCCCUGGUUUUCAGAGGGCGAUUUAUAUUGUGGAUGUAAGGAUUAACAGAAGCCUUUCAUUUUUAAUAAAAAAGAAAACUUAUAAAAAAUUAAUAAACUUAAUCUUUUCCUAAUCCGAUCAAAAUUCAGAUGCAAGGACAAGGCGAAAAUACAGACAAUUAUACGAUAUUCAGUAAAGAAGUUGUUCAACGAAUGAAACAAUCUCCAUAUAAUUGUACAACUGAAUGUGAAGAUGAUAAUUUUCAAGCAGCUGCAAGUUAUGCUGGACAAUUACAUGAUGGUGUUUAUGGAUAUGCGGUUGCAAUGAACAAAACAUUGAAAACAAAUCCAGGACAAUAUAAAAAUGGAACAUUAUUUCCACAAAACUUUCAACAAAAUUUUACUGGUAUAACUGGUCCUGUGAUAAUUAAUAAAAAAGGAAUACGAAGUGCAACAUUAUAUUUGAUAAUUCUUGAUUCCAGUAAUUCAUCUUAUAUUAUGUCUACAGUAACCGCUGAUGGUGAUUAUGGAACUAUAAAUAAAUCAUAUACAGAUGAAAGUAAACAAGUUUGGCAUUAUAGAGGAGGAGUUCGACCAUUAGAUGAACCACUUUGUGGAUUUACUGGAUCAAAAUGUCCACCAAAUGUAUUCAUUGAAUAUAUUGGAUGGUUUAUUGUUGCUAUUCUCAUUAUUGCAUUUGCAGUUUUUGGAGCAAUUGCAGCAAUUGUAACAAUGAUUCGAGCAAAACAACAAGAAAUUGAAAGACAAAAUUCUUUAUGGCAGAUACCUUUCAAUACAAUGAAACCAAUUACUAAAAAGAAUAAAGGAGAUAACAGUAUGAGAAGUAUUAGCAGUGGACCAAGUACUAUAUCAUCAACAAGGUCGACAUUAUCGGAAGUUACAGAAACUAGACACUAUUUAUUUUUCACAAUACAAAAUGAAGUUGAGAACGAAAAAAUCGCCGCUAGGAAACAUAUUAUUCGCGCAAAUUUUGAUUCCAAAGAAUGUGCUUUUAUGAGACAAUUAAGAUUGAUAGAUCAUGCAAAUUUGAAUAAAUUUAUUGGGAUGUCAUUAGAUGCGCCACAAUUGAUGUCAGUUUGGAGAUUUUGUGCAAGAGGAAGUUUAGCUGAUGUUAUUCAGAAAGCAACUAUUCAAAUGGAUGGAUUCUUUAUUUAUUCACUUAUGAAAGAUAUCGUGAAUGUAAGUUUGUAGAACUAGCUUAAAAAUAAAGUGAAUUCCUUUUUUUCAGGGUGUUGUAUUCUUACACGAUUCAAAUAUUGAAUACCACGGAAUGUUGACUUCAAAAUCAUGUUUAUUGAAUGACAGAUGGCAAUUGAAAAUUACUGAUUUUGGAAUCAAACAAAUUCGAAUGAGUGAUCAAUUUAAUAAAACUGAUCUACUUUGGACAGCUCCAGAACUUUUAAGAUCUGGUGAUUUAAUGGGUUCAAAAGAAGGAGAUAUUUAUAGUUUUGGAAUAAUAAGUUCAGAAAUGGUAACAAGAAAAUCAGUAUUUGAUAUUGAAAAUAGAAAAGAAGAUGCUGAAGAAAUAAUAUAUAUGUUGAAAAAAGGAGGAAUGAGAUCACCUCGACCAGAUUUAGAUCAUGAUGAUACAAUUGAAUUAAAUCCAGCAUUAUUACAUUUAAUUCGAGAUUGUUGGACAGAAAGACCAUCUGAAAGACCAAAUAUAAAAGAAGUAAUGAGCCAAUUGAGAGGAAUGAAUAAUAAUAGAAAUGAUAAUUUAAUGGAUCACGUAUUUAAUGUAUUAGAAUCAUAUGCAUCAACAUUAGAAGAUGAAGUUGCUGAAAGAAUGAAAGAAUUAGUUGAAGAAAAAAAGAAAUCCGAUUUAUUAUUAUAUCGAAUGUUACCAAAACAAGUUGCUGAUAAAUUAAAAUUAGGACAAACUGUUGAACCAGAAACAUUUGAUCUUGUUACUUUAUUUUUCUCCGAUGUUGUUAGUUUUACAACAUUAGCUGGAAAAUGUACACCAUUACAAGUUGUUAAUUUAUUAAAUGAUUUAUAUACAAUAUUUGAUGGAAUUAUUGAUCAACACGAUGUUUAUAAAGUUGAAACAAUUGGAGAUGGAUAUUUAGUUGUAUCUGGUUUGCCACAUCGAAAUGGAAAUGAACAUUCAAGACAUAUUGCAAGUAUGUCUAUUGCUUUUAUUAGUUCAUUAACUAAUUUUCGAAUUCCACAUUUACCAAAUGAAAAAAUCAAUAUUCGAGUUGGAUUUCAUUGUGGUUAGUUUAUCAGAUAGUGUUUUAUAAUUGAUAAUCAACAAUUCUUUUAGGAUCUGUGGUUUCUGGAGUUGUUGGUUUAACAAUGCCAAGAUAUUGUUUAUUUGGAGAUGCUGUAAAUACAGCAAGUCGAAUGGAAAGUAAUAGUAAACGUUAGUAUUUUUAAUCAUUAAUUUUGCAAAAUGAUUAUUUAUUUCAGCUGGACAAAUUCAUAUAUCAUCUGAAGCAAAUGAUCAAUUAAUUAAACUUGGUGGAUUUACAACAGAACCACGUGGAGAAGUUAUUGUAAAAGGAAAAGGUGUUAUGAAUACUUAUUGGCUUCUCAAAAUGUCUCCAGCUGCUGCACCAAAAUUAAAUAACAAAACGGAUUAA